AUUUACAUCCGCGUGAGUGCCAAAAUUAAUAUCGUAUUGUUUAUAGUGGUGAAUUCUUAUAAUUUAUAUUAAAAAAAUAAUCACCCAAGAUGAUGCACUAUCGUAAAGGUGAUAAUAUUGCUAAAGAAACCAAAAAGGAAGAGUUACCUUUUAAAGAUUGUUUACCUAAAGGCCAGGAAAACUUUCUAUGGAUGCAUGUUAAUGGUGGCACUAAAGUGAAUAAUGUCAUAACCUAUGCUAAAAAUGCACUUGAUAAAGGAGAAUAUCGUACUAUUGUUUGGAGCGGCCAUGGUGGUGGUGUCGUUAAAACAGUAUCCUGCGCAGAAAUUAUAAAACGUACUCAUCCACUUUAUCAGGUGACACGUAUGGAUUAUAAAAUCACUGAAGAGCAUUGGUUGCCAAUAAUGGAUAAUCUAGAAGAGAUUGUGGUAACCAGAAAAGUACCCGCCAUACAUAUACUAAUGAGUUUGGAAGCUAUUAACGAUGUUGAAGGUGUUCAAAAACCAAAUACAAAAACCGAUUAUUGGGACCCUCCAGGUCCUUCGAAUAGUAGAGGUUUUAAUCAAAGAAAUGGUACACGUCGUCAGAACCAACAAUAUCAUGGACAACGGCAGCGAAAAUUUAAAAGAAAAGAGAAUCAACAGAAAGAAGAUGCCGAUGAAAAUGUGGUUCAACAUGAUAGAAACCAAAAGAGAAAGCAUAAAAAGUCAGAAGGUAACUCUGAUAAUAGAGAAAAUAAGAAAACCACCGAACCGAAGAAUACUUAGAAUAUUUCAGCAAGUAAUAUAAAAUCUAUAUGCAU